AUGAACAGUUCUAUGGAGGAAGACUAUAAUAUACAACGUCUAAGCCUUACUGUUGCAGUAGGAAUCAGCUUUUUAACAGGGCUAAUGGUAAAUGGAUUUAUUGUUGCUGUGAACAUCACUGACUGGAUGAAACGAAGCCCAAUUACUGCCACUGACCAGAUUCUCACCUCCCUCGGAAUCGCAAGAAUGUUCUGUCUAUCCGCCAGCCUGUUUGAUUUCUUUUCUCAGGUUCUCUUGAUAAAUGUACCUAUCAUAUUUUACAUAAUUGUUGAAAAUAUUUGGAAUAUAUUUUUCUAUACCGGCAUCUUGUUAUCAACCCUUCUCUCUGUUGUCUACUGCUUGAAAAUCUCCAACUUCCACAAUGACUUCUUUCUACGCAUGAAGAUAAUCAUAUUACAGAGGGUCGCCCAUCUGAUUAUUGCUUGUUUUCUGGGUUCCAUUUGUUAUAAUUCACUAUUUUAUAUGCCAACUAGCUUUGAAUUUCCUAAGAAUUCAACAAAUGAAGAAUUUAAGCAGGGAAACGAUGAAUUACGACUUUAUAUUUUUUUAUUGGGUAACAUUGUGCCAUUUCUCAUAUUUUUCAUUUCAUCCUUUCUACUUAUCAUCUCUCUGUGUCACCACAUGUAUGGAAUGAGACAUGAUAGAACUGUAACUGGCCAUCUGGACACCUAUUACAAGACCAUAAGGUUUUUAACUUUUUCAUCCUUUAGUUAUGUUUUAUUUUUAAUCGCCAUUUUAACUUUAGGCCUUUAUCAAACCUCAAUUGACAUUUUAGGAUUUGAUUUUAUUUUUAAUGCUUUUCCAACUCUAAAUUCUAUUUAUAUGAUCUAUGUAACCAUCAAGCUAAGGACUCGGUUCUCUGGGAUUAUCCAUCAUGGAAUCAGCUGCUUGUUCAAUAGGAAACACUCUUAA